AAUACCAAAACAUAAAUGCAUUAGUUGUCCAGAUUAGAAAAGAAAGUGAAAAAACAAACAAACGGGCAACAGAUAAAGAUCCACAGUAUGGCUCGACGUAUUGCUGUGAUUGGAGGAGGAAGCGCAGGACUGACCAGCAUAAAGUGCUGCUUGGAUGAGGGUCUGGAUCCGGUAUGUUUUGAGAGCAGCGAUGACAUUGGAGGUCUCUGGAUGUUUAAGGAGACACCAGAGCCUGAACGUUCCAGCUUGUACCGCUCACUGGCCAUCAAUUCUUCAAAAGAGAUGACGUGCUUUAGUGAUUUCCCAAUGCCAGGACAUUACCCGAACUACUUUGACCACUCCAUGAUGCUAAACUAUGUACGGCUAUAUGCUGAGCACUUUGAUCUGCUCAAGUACAUUAACUUCCAGACAUCAGUGGUUAGUGUGAGACAAAGGCAUGACUCUGGUCAGUGGGAGGUGCUGACUGAGAAGAGAGAUGGACACAAAGAAACACAUGUGUUUGAUGGGGUGCUGGUGUGUUCAGGGAGCUGCACACACCCUUUUACACCCCGCUCAGCAUUUCCUGGAAUAGACACAUUUCCAGGUAAGUGCUUUCACAGUUGGGAAUAUAAGGAUCCACAUUCAUUCCAUGGGAAGAGAGUCGUGGUUAUUGGCAGUGGCAACUCCGCUGGAGACAUUGCUGUGGAGAUCAGCAGAGUUGCAGAAAAAACGUUUCUGAGCAUGCGUGAUGGAGCAUGGGUUGUGAGCCGCUUGGCUACCAGUGGCAUGCCUUUUGAUAUGAGCACAAAUAACCGUUUGGUCAGCAUACUGAUGCAAGUAUUUCCCCAUGCACUGCUCAACUGGGCAGUGGAGAGAGUCUACAAUGAGAAAUAUGACCACAAGCUCUAUGGACUGAAGCCCAGUUACAGAAUACUCAAACAGCGACCGAUGGUUAAUGAUGAACUACCAGCACGUAUCUUUCACGGGGCAGUGCAGGUGAAACCAAACGUGAGAGAGUUCCAAGGCUCAACCGUGGUAUUUGAUAAUGGCGCUGUCGAAGAUGGGAUCGAUGCAGUUAUCUUCUGUACAGGAUACAAGCCAAGCUUCUCAUUCUUAAUCUCUGCAAAGGAGAUGGAUCAUGUGGGAGAAAUGAGUCUCUACAAGAAAGUCUUCCCUUUGUUCCUAGAGCGCCCCACACUGGCCAUCAUAGGGCUAAUCAGUGGCUCUGGAGCUAUUAUGCCUAUGAUGGAGAUGCAGGCACGAUGGGCCACUCGAGUCUUUGCAGGUUUAAACCAACUUCCUCCUGUACCAAUAAGGCAGAAGAUCUAUGAGAAAGACCAGAAGGCAAAUAUGAAAAGAUGCUUUUCCCCAAGAAACGCUCCCCUCGAGGUAGACUUUAUCCCAUACAUGGAUUCUAUCGCGCGGGAAAUCGGUGUGCGUCCCAACCUCUUGUGGCUGUUCCUGACUGAUCCCAGUUUGGGUGGGAGGGUUCUGUUCGGUCCCUGCACCCCGUAUCAGUUUCGGCUGUGUGGGCCGGGUCAGUGGGCCGGGGCUCGUCAGGCCAUCCUCACCCAGUGGGAGCGCGUAUAUCAGCCACUCAAGACACGCCCUAUUCCUGAGGACGAAACAUCAGGAAUACUCUUCUGGCUGGGUCUGGCAGGAGGGGUGCUCUUGAUUUUUGCUCUCAUUAUAUUGCAGGAGAGAUUUAACCCAUUCUUAAGUAUCUGAUUACACAUAAUCUGGUCUUCAUUGAAUUAACUGCUCCAAUGUUUUGCAUUAAAUUUAAAUGAUUUCUACUAUUAGGUAAAUAAUAUAACCUCAUAAUAAUAUAAUAACCUUAUAUUAAUAUAAAUAUAACCUUAGACAAAAAACAUGUAACUUUUUUCACUGUGCCAUUAUUUAUUUAACAAAAAUUAAGCUAAAAAGGAAAAAUAUUUGGGCAAUACUAAGUUCUACACUGGUUCAAUAGCUCGUAGACCCAUAUUUAGCAGCAAUAACUUAUUUGUUCUCUGUAUGACUUUAUCAGGCCUACAUAUGAUUGUGGAGGAAUUUUGGCCCAUUCGUCUUCACAACUUUUCUUCAUUUAGGUUUUUGGGAAUUCACUUAUGCUCUUAGGGCAUAAAGGGUUGAAGUCUGGACAUUGACUUAGCCGUUCCAAAACCUUGAUUCCUUUUUUUUUCUGAUGUAGCUGUCAGACAGAUGGUCUCAAGUUUUCCUUUAGAAUAUUCUGGUAUACAGUGGAGUUCAUGGUCGACUUGAUGACUGCAAGGAGCCCAGGCCCUUUGGCUGCAAAAAAAAAGCCCAAACCAUCACCCCUCCGCUGUAGGAGGUGUUUCUGCUGGAAUUCUGUUUGUUCUGCUGGAAUUCUGUUUGCCGAACAUAGCGCUGGCAAUUAAGAGACUCUAAUGUCUCAUUUGUUUACAGCACAUUGUUUCAGAAGCCUUGUGUUUUGUUCACAUUCAGUUUUUCUGCCCUUGGGGUAAAUGUGCUUGUGGCUCUUGAGAAGAUUGCUUGAAAAGCUUUCCACCUGUCCUUAAUCUUUCUUACUAUUAAACUCCAAGUUGGUUGGAAAUGGUUUUAUACCUUGUUCCAUUUUGAUGUCCUUUUUGGUUUCAUUUUUGUGAAAUAAAUAAUGGCACAGUCAAACAAGGUUAUAUACAAUGGAACCUUGGCUUACGAGCAUUUCGUUCCGGAAGGAGCUCGUAAUUCAAAACACUCGUAAGCUGCAAGAAAUAAUGGAAACUCAAAUUAUUUGUUCCACAGCCCAAAAGAAUAAAUACAUAAAAAUAAUUAAUCCAAAAUAUAAAGUAAGAAAAAAACAAAUUAACCUGCACUUUACCUUCAAAAAUAGUAAAAAUAGGUCCGGACAGAUAAGUGUUUCCGGUUAUGCGUGCAGGCGCUGUGUGUGUGUGUGUGUGUGUGUGUGUGUGUGUGUGUGUGUGUGUGUGUGUGUACAUCAUCCUUAGCUUCCAGGCAGCAUGGUGGCGUACAGGUUAGCACUGAGGGUCUAUUGGAUUUCCCACCUUAGAAGUUUCCUCCCACAGUCCAAAGACAUGCAGAGUAGGCUAAUUGGCAUUUCCCCAUAGUGUGUGUGUGAUUGUGUGCCCUGUGAUAGAUUGCCACCCCAUCCAGUGUGUGCGCUGCCUAGUGCCUCCUGCAAAAAGGAUAAGCAGUAUAGAGAAUGAGUGACUGAGUUUUAAAUGUUGGUUAAUGCAGGCAGCAAUACCGCUGUCCGUACCAACUUACUUUUACCCAUGCUGCGCCAGAGAGUAAAAGUGAUUAGUAUUUGCUAGAACUAGUGGAGUGAUGCAUAGAGUUCAGUGGACCAGUGCUGUUAUGAAUAACCAGAUUACUUAGUUGAAACUAACUGUUGUAGAUAUGCUGUUAAAGCAUGCGUUUAUGUAGUCAACUUGGCAACGUUGUGAGCAUAUUUGUAUACUACAGUAUAUACUACACAAGUUUCCAGAGGAUAGUGAUAGUAAAACCAGAGUCUUUUCAGCCACUUUGUUAAAUGGCUUCUUUCCCAAAAGCUUUUUUGAUAAAUAUAUUUUUUUUAAUAUUAGCUUAUAAUUGUAUGAUGUAUUUUAUUCUUUAGCUUUUGUCUAUAUUCAGCUUGUCAAUGAAAAAAAAAAUCUUUUUUUUUUGGGGGGUGGGGCGGUUAGUGGUCUCAUACACUAUUAUGUCCAAGUUUAUCUUCUGUAUACAUAACACUAUUCAUAUACAGGAAGUUAUAGUUAGUAGCCUAGUAAUCCAGUGUAAGACGGUGUACAUUUUCACUCUGCAUAACAGAGUCUGCCAAAUGACUGAAUGUAAAAGUAAAU